AUGGUCGAGCAAAUCGUCUACAAGAACGACUACGAGUGGCAAGCACUUGAGCUACUGAAGAGGCAGACCUAUGCCCAUGCCAAGAGGUUCGAAACCCGCUUCCUCAUCAUGACGGGACUCUUGCAAGACAUGAACCAAGCUUUCACUGCCGUCGGAUGGGAGAACUUCGCCGACAUUGUCGAGCCAGGCUAUCAGCAGUCCCAGCCAUACCAGCCGUACCAGCAACACCAGCCAUACCAGCAGGAGAACAACGACAAUGAGGAGGAGAACAACAACAACGACGAGGAACACAAGGAUCAUGAUGAGGAGGACCCCGAUGAGGGAGAGCAGGACUCCGAUGAGGAGGACUGA